ACCCUAAACCCUGAAGUCUUUCAGUUUUGAUCUCUCAACCUCAAAGACAAAACCAAGUGAGGAGUACAAAGCAAAAAAGAAGCGAUCACUUCAAGAGGGACACACAAAAUUUGUAACUGACCCAUCUUUGAAGUCUCUGGUUCAAUGGGAAUUUAGAGAGAGAGCUUUGAGACCCACUUUGGAGUUGUUUUUUGUUACUUACUUUUGCGUGGUUUGUUAGCCAAUCAUGGUUGCAAGAACCCCACCAAAGCAGAGGAAGAUGGUGGUUCCUCUCGACCCAGUUUUAAUCAGAGAAACUUUAAAGAAGGUGGACAGAUGCAUGGCUAGAUUGCAAGAGCUUCAGUACACAGUGGCAGGUGGGAAUAAGGUGAUAGCUGGGGUUAGUCUCAGUCCUAGAAGUACCAGAGGGUAUCUAAGAACUAGUCUUAGGUGCAAGCAAGAAUCUUUAAGGAUCAAGAGUGGUGUUCCUAUGAAAUCUCCAGUGGGCAAGCUGCCAGCAACUUCAAUAGGAGAAUGGAGGCGAAUGUCAUUGCCAGCAAUGCUAGUGGGUGAGACAAUGGGAGAGAUUCUACAGGCAAGCCAAUUUGCGAGAGAAAUUGUUGCGGCCGUUUGUUGCAAAACCAAGAAACUCACCCUUGAAGACCCCAAAACUCCAUUGACCCAACAGAGAAAACAAAGGCCUCACCCUGAAGACACUGAACUCAAAUCCAAAAGGAAGAAGGAAAAGCAAACUAAACUGCAGUCAAUUCGAUCAGAAUUCGGCUCUCCAACUCUUCAAAGAGCUCGAUCACGAAUUAACUUCAAGGUUUCACCUCCAAAGAAGAGAGAAAUGGAUAAAGAAAAUGCUCGGUAUUUGGCGAAUAGAGUUUCUCCUAGGAAUAGGCCAUGGGUUAAAAAGACAGUAUUGUUUCCAAACCCUCUGUUCCUUUCUACAGAUUCUGCGCAGCAGCAGAAGUUUUGCAAGACAAGGUCUCCAGUGAUUGCAAGAAACAAAAAGCAGACAACCCCACAUAAGUUCUUGAUUAAGUCCCCUCCAUCAGGUUCAAAAUUUAAAGUAAAGAUCAAGAACCCACCAGUUCUUUCUCUCUCACCUACAAGACCUACAAACUUGAGCAAGAAAUCACCAAAGUCGUCAACUGCAUCGAAAUUUCGUCGAUCAUUUUCGCCUUCAAGGUUGGCCCACAAAUUGAUGUCUCCAUUGAAAGGCAGAAAAAUUGUGCAAAAGAGUGAUGUGCUAAUGAGUGGACUGAAACAGCGUCCAAUAGCAACACCUAGACGGUUCUCACUGGGGAGAAUUUGAGGUGUGUUAGUUUUCCUUUGGUUUGUUAAUUUGUUUGCUGAUCGAAGUUUCAGAUACUUCAUCAAUGUCCAUAGUUGAUUCUUUUACAUUCCCAACAAGUGUGUUGGUUAACAUUGUUGAUUCUUGAGGAAUUUGAUCAUGGAUUCUCGUUGUAUAAUAAAAACUUCUUCCUUGGCUUUCAA